UCUCUGCCGCUUGCGGCCUUAUCCCCUCUCAUGUUAGUCCAUACGAGUCACAACUUGUCUUCAAGUUGUAACUUGUCGUUCCGUUUUCAACUUGAAGGUGGACUUGAAGUACUGCGACUCGGAACUUCUGCCUGUCGGUGUUCCAUGCCCUUGUUCUCGUACAAUCGACAAUACCAGCGCGAACCAAGAUUUAAAUGCCCAGGUCCCCGUUGCCGCUGUACUUUCGACACCAAGACGAAGGUUCUACAACAUCUCAAUAAUCCACGAUCAUCUUGUGUUGGUUGGUCUCGCGAAGCCACAGCUGCAAUUGGUGUUGGUGGGCCUGAGGCAGAGGCUUAUAUCGCUCGGUUCGAAGAAGCCUUUGGCACCAGCAAGCGCGCGACUUGUUCGGAGACAGCAGCAGUACAUCAGCCAACUCAAGAGCCAGAUUUGAUUCCCAAUAUUCCACUGGCAACCUCUAGUGCAUCUGUACAACCCGCCACAGAGCAGACAGGGCAAGACUACCAGUGCCCUUAUGUCGGAGCAGCUCAAACGGCGAAUGGUGGAAAGAGUUUCGUUAACUGGGUUGAGGAUGAUGAAUUCAACAGCCUUCGAACGGACAACCUCUUUUAUCCCUUCGUCGGGGAGUUGGAGUGGGAAUUUUCCGACUUUCUUGCUCAUUCCAGUCUCACCAUCAAGGAGAUCAACGAGUUGCUUGUAUUGAUUCGGCAAUAUCUAGCACCACAUCUUUCGUACAAGACAGCCAAGCAGCUGCGCCAACGCAUCGAGCUAUUGCCUACCUGCCCGAAGUGGCACUCACGAACAAUCACAUACCCUGGAUAUCCGACAAAGAAGCCUAUCGUUCUCUUCUACCGAAACUCACUUGAAUGCAUCCAACUCCUUGUUUGA